AUGUCGAAUCCAUCCGAUAGGCCAUGGACCGAGGAGGAGAAGUACUUUCUACUCACUGAGAUCCUCAAAAAGGCCGGUAUCCCAUCCAACUAUCUGGUUCGCAUGAUCAAUGAGAAUCGCAUUCAACCAAAUUGGGAUCAUAUCCCUCUUCCGCCAGGUCGCACUAUGAACUCGUGCAGAUUGGCCUUUGAUUCCAUGCAAUCCCAAUACCACACAUAUCCACCUGCGAUACCGGCAGUACCCGUCCCAGCCAUGCCUCGACCAGAAGUAGCCAGGGCAUCAGCGCCGCCCAUAGAUCCAAACCUGCGCAAACGACCUUUGUACGACAAACCGCGCGCUAUUCAACCAAGACCACCCCCUAGCGUCGCCUCGUACAGCAGUGAAAGUGGAACAUCAGCCCAGCUCUCCCCACGACUAGAAGGUCCCGGUCCUCCCGGCGAGCCCCCGCGCAAAAGAGGCCGUCCCAGCAAACUCGAGACAGAACGCCGUAAAGCAGCCGCUGAGGCUCGCGGGGAGACUUACCCGCCACCAAGACGUUCCAACUCAGGAAGACUCAAACCUCCCCCUAGCAGUCCAGGUGUCCCUCUAUACACAAACCCGAUCUCUCAGCCACUAGGCCCAAAUCCAGGUGUCCCGUAUGAUUCUUCAAUUCGUCCAAUUGCUCCAGCUCCGGCUCCGACGUCAGGUCUCCCGGGUCCAGAGGAACGUCGGGACGUUCCGACGCGCACCAUGGGUCCGAUGCGAGAGUUGCCCCGCCCCCAAGAAAUGGGUCAUCCUCUUCCCUCUCCACAUGCCUUACAACUCGGUCCACCGGAUCCCAUUCCUCGCUUCAAUAGUAAUCCUGGUGAGCGGGAUUAUGCUAUCCCGGAUCGCUUCUCGCCUGAUAGUGGUCGUCGGGACUCGGUGACUAGUCGGGGAGAUCCACCAAAGGGACAGGGGGUCCCUUAUGAUGGACGCGCAAGUACUACCCCUGGCGAGAAUUGA